GGGCCUGACAGCUCGGGGCUGCGGGGAGUAACGGUGAGGCGGCGCUUUACGGGAGAGACCCCGCGUUCCGUCCCGACCCGUCCCGUCCCGGCGGAGGUGGACGAGGCCCCUCGGCAGCGCGGAGCGGCAAGGACAGCCCUGCGACCGGCACGGACAGCCCUGCGACCGGGCGGCUGCGGCACGGCCGGGCGGCUCUAACGGUGUCCCCGCGGCGCAGCUCCUGCGUGACGGUGCGGCUGCGGGGCCCUGCAGCACCGCUCCUUAGCGGAAUAAGCGGGCGGGUAAAGCCUCUUAUUUAAUGCCUUCGUUUAAAUAAGAAAAUAACCGCAUCUGUCCACGAGGAGCUGCCCGGGCAGAUGUUACCCUAUGAAGCACUUCUGGCUACUGCAGGGUCCUGUAGGAAGGCACAGUUUGUAUGUGACCACCACGCUGGGGUCAUGAUGGUGGAAGUGGCCCUGCCCCUUGGAGUUAAGAUGUGGUAGACUGCAUGUAGAAGAUAUGGGCCACUGCUAGCCAGCCAGGAAAGGCAGGAAAUGCCUUUAUCAGUUUCUUUGAAUGCAAUGACUCAGCAGCUACAGGAUGAAUUUGACAGCAGCGUUGAGAAUGCAGAAGCUUGGAUGAAAGCCAUCCAAGAGAGACUGAGCAUCAAUGACAACACCAAGGGACCUCGAUCUGCCCUAGAAGCCAGGCUGAGAGAGACAGAGAAAAUACGUGAUCUGGAACCAGAAGGCGUGUUGAAAAUGGACUUAAUUCUCGCAAAGGCAGAUGCUGCUCUUCACUGUGUCAGUGAGGAUAAGAAACAUGAAGUACUGUCUAAGCUGAGACACAUUAAAGCCUUGUGGGAAGAGACAGCCAUCUACAUUACUCACUGUCACAGCCGAAUUGAGUGGGUCUGGCUGCACUGGAGUGAGUACCUGAAAGCUCAAGAUGAGUUUUACAUAUGGAUUCACAACAUGAGGGUGACCUUGGAGCCUGACAUUGAGUUGCAGCUUGGCCUAAAGGAGAAGCAGUGGCAGCUGAGCCAUGCUCAGGUUCUGCUGAAUGAUGUCUUAAAUCAGUCAGUCCUGCUGGAAACGCUGCUAGAGGAAGCUGCUUCCUUGUUCAGCAGGAUAGGUGACCCCAGCGUUGAUGAGGAUGCUCAGAAGAAAAUGAAGGCUGAAUAUGAAAGCAUCAGGGAAGAAGCUCAGAGAAGAGUGAAACUGCUUGAAAAGAUAACUGAAGAGCACAAGCAGUACAGCGCUAACAUCAACCAGUUUCAAUCGUGGCUGAAUGGUGUGACAGAAAGAUUAAACUGCUGCAUUGGAGAAACAGCCAAGUCUUCAUCAGAGGACAGACUAAAGGCACUGAAGGAAAUUGCCAAAAACAUUAGGAACGGUGCAAAGAAAUUGAGGCACCUUGAAAAUCAAUGCACAGAUGUGAUUCAAAAUACCUCCCCACUGGGAGCUGAGAGAUUGAAAGAUGAACUUGAUGAGCUGAGAAAAGCCUUGGAGAAGUUGAAACUGCUGAGCAGUGAGGAGGAGCAGAGAUUGCUUAGGAUCCAACAGUCAGAAAGUGCCUACAAGUCCCAAGCCAAGCAACUAGAAGCAGAUAUCCAGGAAUUCAGAAAGAGUCUACAGAAACUAGAAAAUGAUUUGGAACCUGGGGAAAGGGAAAAGACUGAAGAUGAGUUUGUGGCUCAGUGGAGAAAAUGCAAUGCAACAAGAGCAGUUCUGGCUGCAGAAGAGUCGAAGGUUGAGAGGCUGAAGGCUCAGCUAAAGGAGCUGCUGCGAUUUUCCAAAGAUGUGCAGCCACACGCUAACAGUGUCAUCUCUGCAAUACGGGACUAUCAAAGUGUUAAAGCAAAGACACUUAAAAUGAGCACUGAUACAGAAGCUCAACUGAGCAGACUUUUCCAAAAUCCCCUGCAAAGUUUUGAACAAUGGAAGCUGACUGUCCAGAUGCUUCUGGAGACUCCUGAGCCAGCGUUGGAUCAGAUUGAGGCUGCUCUAGCUGAAAGUUCACAGUUCAAAGAAAAACUGAUGACAUUACAGCUGAAAAAAGAUUUGCUAAACAAUAUCCUUGGAGAGGAAAAAGCAAAAUCCUUCCUGGAAGAAGUAGCUGAAGCUUCAAAGGAGAGAGAAAUUCUACACAAAAGUCUACUGCAAAGUAAAAGCAAACUCCAGAAUUUGAUAUUGCAGCAUAAGGACUUUGAUGCUGCUUUUACACCUUUGCAGAAGAAAUUGUUUGCUAUCAAAGCCAAAUUAGACCUGGAGAAUGAACCACAGCCUAACCUCUUGGGUAAAAAGACACAACUCCAGAGACUCCAGAUGAUCCAAGAUGACUUGGCAGAGCUUGCAAUUCAAAUGGAAGAGGUAGAGAAGCUUGUUCAGUCAAAUGAAACACAGAGACAUGAAAUGAACCAACUUACAUCUGACAUUCAGGCCCUGAAGAGAUCACUGGAGAUAAUGAUACAGCAAUCUGAAGAGCAUGUUCAGAAGCACUGGGCAUUUAAUGACAAACUGUUUGACCUCCAGCAGUGGAUCACUGCAACCACUGAGAAGAUUGGCUCCUAUCAGGGUGCUGAUGUGAAGCAGAGCAAUGAAAGCAGGGUGGCAGACCUUGAGAGAUGGCUAGCUGAGUUUCCAGAUAAGGAGAUCCAGCUGCACCUCGUGGAAGCUCAUGGCCAGCUGGUCAUGGAGAAUUCUUCCCCAGAGGAGACUGCCCAUGUUCAGGCAGAGCUGGAUCAGCUGAAGGAGUCUUGGAAGUCACUGAAAGAAAUGGCAACUGGUCUUCUCAAAAGGUGGCAGUUAAACAGGUCAAUGGCUGAUAAGAAGAAAACAGCAUUUGUGGAUAGCAGAAACGUGUCUGGACCAGUCUUCCACGGUUUAGAUCUCAACCAUAAGCAGGAGAAGACAGCAGAAGGGAAAAGGGCGAGCAGCCAUGUUAAACUCCUGCAUGACUUUGAAGAGUGGUUACAAGGAGAAAACACCAAACUCUCCAACAUUCUUGCUGUGAAUUUGUCUUCCACAGAGGAAAUGAAGACGCGGCACAAAGAACUGGAGGAGCUGCAGGCUCACGUGCCUGAUGGUCAGCGUCUCUUUGAGGACCUUCUUCGUUUUCAUCCCAUUGUUGGAAAUUCUGAAGAUCUGGAAGACCUGCGUUACCGCUGGAUGCUUUACAAAUCUAAACUGAAAGAAUCCAUGAUUUCACCGAUUACUAAAUCUUCAGAAAAACCAGACAGAUUCGGAAAGAAGCUCUCUGGAGGCGUGUGCUCUUUCUUGCAUCGAGUAUGCAGGGCAUCACUACCAUUGCAACUGCUCCUCUUGUUCCUCCUGCUCCUGGCCUUCCUCCUGCCCCUGGCAGAGAAGACGCACAGCUGCACUCUGGCCAACAACUUUGCUCGGUCCUUCAACCUGAUGCUGAGAUACAAGGGCCCACCUCCAACAUAACCACUUGGCACGGCAAGAGGUGACUCACAGAAGUACAGACUCAUUUUUUUUAAUAAUUGCAAGUAUUGUAGAUUUUAGAGCUUCUAACAAGGCUGUUUUAUCAACUGGAUAUAUCACAAAAAUGCAUCAUAAAAAUAGUCCACAUUGUUCAAGCGUACGAUCAAAAUUAAUAUUUUUACAAUAUUUUGUUAUUAUAUUUAUAAUGUGUAUAUAAAGAUUGUGUAUGAGUAUAUAUAUAUAUAUAUAUAAAUAUAUAUAUAAAUGCACAUCUGUGGGCAUACUAACAUCCACCAUCCACUCAUCCACUGUUUGGGGCAAUCCUGCAGUGUUUCUCUUUCUACCACCUUUCAACAAGGACCACUGAAUGAUGGCUUUGCUGUUGUUAUUUUGGGUGAUUUUUGAAACCAGCUUUUUGUUAUUUACAAAAGAGUCAGCACGCGUGCAAAGAUCUGGUCAAGAACCAGAUUACAAAUAGGAGAGCGAGCAGAGUCAAACCAUUUACAGAGGCUGACAUUUAGCCGAGGAAAAAUGGGACAAUUCUAUUUAAAAUCUCAAUCUGUUUUUUUUCAGUAUCUAGAUGCACAUAUUGCAGAAGGUAAUGGAAAUUUUUCCACUGACUUCAAUAGGAGUGGGGGUGGCCCUUCUCUUGUUCUCAUUUUUUACCAAUUACUGUGUUCUCCAGCCCACCUGAAUCAGGAGAGGUAGAACACAGUGAGAGGAAAGCUGGGAUUUAAAAAAAGACUUUUUAUGAUACAUUUCUGCAGAGAACCUCUAAAAUAAGGUCAUAAUUUUCUGAACAAAUUCCUGAGCACUGAACAAAACCUUAUAUCAGUAAUUUUGUCUCCAAAAAACAAACUGGGGGGAGGGGUUGUCGUUGUUGUUUUGUUUUGUUUUGUUUUACCUUGUACAGAGGCAUUCAGGAAUGGAUCCUAAAGCCUGAUACAGCCUGCGUCAAUGCCAGCAUUGCAAAAGUCAGAAGUACUUUCAUAAUACCAUCCUGGAAACAAGAUUCAUUCCUAGAGUGUUUUUACAUAAUGGUUUGUUAAACUGGUGUAAACUUAAUGUAUCAAAACAGAGAUUUCUCUAUACUCUAAACGCUUGAGAUGAUGUCAAUUUGCCAUUUAUUUUCCUAUUUUUAUGCCUGAUCUAUAAAAUUUUUAAAUGUACAUUUUAAAAUAGCGUUUUAAUGUAAAAGCAAACCUCAGCUUCACUGUGAUGAAACCAUUCUUGAUGGUGUUUUACCUCACUGAUUCACUAAUCCCUGAGAGAAAAGGAAAUUCUAAAUUUCUGAUAUAUUUUUUUUAUCUUUUCUGAGAGCUACAUCUUUAUUGCAUUGUAUUUGAGCCUCAGUGGUAACAAUGAGAAAAAUAGAUGAUGUAUAUACUAUAUAUGUAUAUACUAUGACAGCAAGCAGCUCGUAGGCAUGGAGUGAAGGAGAAAAAGCAGAUGCUAAGAAUAGAUAAAGACAGAGAAGGAGAAAUCCACAGAUUUAUAAAUCCUAUGAAAGUCUCUUGAAAAAUAAUAAGUCUCUAAGUAGGAAAACAUUCUGAAUGCUUUUGAUUCCCUCUCCCUGAUAAAGAACUGAAACAAUCACGUGUUAAACACCUUUUCUUCAGUAGGAGUUGUCAACAGGGCCUUUCCUCAGUGUUCUGGGGAGACUCUUCUGCCGUCAGCACUCUUUUGCUAAUUCCCCAUAAUGCUUCCAGCUGCACUGCUUUUUCUAGAGUUGUGUAAAAAUGUCACAUUUCUGCGAAGAGAGAAAAUGAGUAUAUAACAAAGAGAAAAGAUAGAGAGAUAUUUGAGUGGCAUGCAAGGGGAAUGCGAGAAGGAUCUGAACUGGUGCAAGCGUCAGGAGGCAGCAGGAGACAUGCAGAGUGUGGACUAAAAGCAGGGAGGAGAGGAUCAGUGCUGUGUUUUGAGUGAUAACUAAAGGCAUUCCGAUCUAAGCAGAGAGUGAGGAAAAGCAGAGUCUGUGAUUUCUUCCAUGGAGGAGCCAGGUGGAAAAGAGCUAUAAGUCAUCAGAGUGGAGUGAAUGAAUUCCUUCUUUGCAAACGUUCCUUCUGGAGGCGGAGGACAUGCCUCCUUCUCUCCCCUCAUUAGCUGUUCAAGCAUCAUGCACAUUCCCGCAGUGCUUCUCUAAAAAUUCCUGCCAGCCCCAGGGGAAGAACCCUGUAGCUCCACAGCAAGGAGCUAAUCAUCAUCCACAUCUCCAUUUCAAAUUAAACGCUUUGACAAAAGAGAAGUGUGGGGGAAGCGGGGCAGUAACAGAACCUGCACUAUGUGGUUCUGUGUAUGUAUUGCCUUCUCUUUUCUUUCCAUGUGAUGAAAGUAAAAGCGAUGAAAAAGAAAUUAAAAAUAAUGAGGAAAAGUAUUGAUUGCUACAGAGAAAAUCAGCAGGGAGACAGACAAGUUUCCUGCUGUGAAAGCUCAAACUCUCACAUCAGAUUUCUUUUCACCCUGCCUAUAAAGCCCUCAGCUCAUGGAUCUCUGACGUCUGUACGUUACUGAGAUGUUUUCUAACUCAGCUUCAGAUUGGGACCACUGUCUUAAAAUAUCCUUUACCAAAAUCUGGGAUGUACAAAGCAGAUAAGCAUCCAUACCUGAAUGCUUGCACUACUUUAGCACAGAUCUAGCCAGUCAGAGAGUGCCAAAGCCCUAUAAGAUAGAUUAUGUUCAAACUUACAAACAGUCUGUGCAUCUGGCUCAGGCCUCAUAGCCCACACUGUGUAUAGACACCCAGCCUGUUCACAGAGAUUUCUCAUGUUUCUGUCCAAGCUCUCUUGCCCGCCCCAUUGGAUCUGGUAGGUGAUUGACCACAUUAAUGACUCUUCAGUGUUGAAGGAAAAAUCCUAUACUCUGGUGCCAGUGCAUUAAAGUAAGACUUCUGCGCAGCCCCGAGGGCAUAGUUCAAACCCAGCCUUUGGAGUGAAAGCAAGCCUACUUUAUAAAUUGUAAUUGAUUUUGUAGCCAGACGCUUUCAACUGAAUUUUCCAUGACUGCAAUACUGUGAGGUAGAAAACUGUUAUUGUGCCACGUGGCUAUUAAUAGCCCUUUCUCUAAUUCUUAUUAGCAAUUUAGGUUGUAUUAAAUAUUAUUCCUAUAUGCGUUCUCAAAAAAAAUAUUUUUAUGAAAAUCAUAUUCCGUUCUUCACACGCAUUAAGAACAUCAUAUUCCCCUGUUAGCACAGAAUCUCCAGUGAUAAUCACUUAUACCAGAAUACCAGCUUAUUUGCCCUGUCUGAGACAAUAACCUAAUAGAAACAGCUGAUAAUGGCUGGAUAAUUUGCAGAGCUUUACAAUGAUUUUCCAUUUUUCCAAUGCUGUUUUUACUGGGAUAAUCAAAGACCUUGGAAACAGCAAAUAUCUUCAAGAAAAAUGCCAUCACAAAAUAAGUGUAUGGUAGUAUCCAACACGUCUAUGUUGUGUUCUGUUAAACUGCUCCAUGGCCACAGGAGUUUGUUCCAUCCAAUCUCUUCUUCAGUACUGAAUAGAUGUUUUGAUGUGUGUGCAUACACAUCUCAUUAACAUGAAGGAAGGUUUGAAGAUUUCAUAUGCAGGAAUUCCUUUAACUUAUAUUGACAAGAAAGUGCGUUGUCUUCUUUCAUCAAGAAUGAAAUAAAAACUCCUUCACAGCAAAGAUUCCCAGAGCAAACAGAGCUUUUUAGAAUAACUGAAGAAUACAGAUAAAAUAAUUUAUUACCCACCCUAGUUUACAGAAGGAAUAGCUUUGCCUUUCAAGAAAUACCACUAUAAGUAGCUGAACAAACAUAUUGGCUGGGCAUCAUAGUAGUAUCUCAGGUCAUAAGUUAUGUACCCAGCUGGCUGUAAGAGAUGCUUUUGGACACUUUACUGUCUAUUUCAUAGUAUCAUUUGCUUAUCUGCAGCUGAAAACACAUUCGACCAAUGGACUGUAUCAUCUUCCAGCAUCGCUGGGGGAUAUUAGAGAUAUUCUUAGUAGUUCUCAGAUCACUGACCUGCUCUGAGCCAGUGCAAAUCUAUUUCAUUAAUCCAGAUGUCAGUGGUUGGCAACUCUCAGAAGCCAGUUUAUUAAAAUGCUAAAGAUAACAUUGUUGGUGGAAACAUCAUGAUUCAUUCAGAAACCGAUCGUAUUAUUUUUUGCCAUAUUUAAACAUAAUUAUAAAUGGGUUAUACUGGGUUAAAAUCAAAUUAGUCAUAGGUAUUGGGUGACUGUGUGGCAUGUUUUAGUCACUUUUUGACUGGCACAAGUAUGUCUAAGAAUUGCUGGUUUAUUUUGCACUUGUUCAAAGAUUAAACAAAUCAAAGAUGCAUGAAUAUAGCAUUAAAAAAAUGAUCUCUUAUAUAUGCAAUUUAAAAUAUGAAUGUGUCUACCAGAGAGUUAUCAGUAGAUAUGGAAAGCAAAGGAAUAAAUGUUAGAAAUAUACCAAAUCAAGUAGUAGCCUGAAUAACAGCUAUUAACUAACCUACCUCAGGAAUUGCCAAAUGUUAUCUAGUAGUAUCAGUAAGCCAUUCACCCCCCUAUUAAACUGUGUGAAAGAUGAAACUGCACUACUGAAGGUGAAAUAUCUCAGUGGCAGGAGAUAUCAAAAGGCAACCUGGUAUCUCAAUGCCAGAGAUGAACAUGAUAGGACUGACAUAUUAAGAGCAACCCAAGCACAGGAACAAGCUUUGGCCAUCUAGCUUGCCUGACAAAAUCUUGACCAUGGCCGUUGACAUUGUCCAGAUUCACCUUGCUGACUGUGGAAAGAGGUUUCUUCAGGCAGUUUCACUAUAGGUGAAAUCUGAGCUUCAAGGGUUUUUUUUCUCUUACUAAAUGCAGAAUAAAUUGCUAAUUCAAACACCUCAGUGACAGAUUAGUUGUAGGUGGUAGGCACUGAUGCUCCAGGAAAAGAUACAGGAAAUGCUAUUGUAGAUAGAAAGAUAAUCAUAGAGGUUUCCAUUCAAUUGUUAGGAAUUAGAGGUUCAUUAUAUAACUAAAAUAGGAAUUCAUUUCCAAGUAAAUGCUAAAUGUGGCCUUCAGCCUUCUGGAUUUAGAGGGUGAGCUUAUUUGGUGCCUUAUUAAAUGCUAAUGGCUUUCUGGCUCCUAUGCCAUUAUAGCAAUGAGUUCCACAUCCUCACCACAAGCUGUGUGAAAAAGGUAUUCCAGUGAUCUGACUUUGCAAAUCCAAGGAAACAGGAAGACCAAUGUUACCCUCCCCAGACCGUUUCCCCAUCUUCUCCCCAUCUCCCCAUCUUCUCUACUUUAUUUCCUUAUUAAUGUGAACCCAAUCUUCUCUUCCACUUAUUAUGUUGAAAGUCAGCUGUGCACUUGACCAUUUCUUUCAUUGUUCUCUUACACAGCACAGCACAGCACAGAUUCAGCCUACCCUUUGAAUUUGUAUUGUGGCCUCUUCUGAACAGAGCCCCACAUAACAAAUCCUCCUAAUCCCUUUCCUUGCCCACACCCACUCCUGUCUCCUGUGUUCUCUCCCAGCUGAACAUACCAGUCUAAGUCUGGUCCCAAAGUGGCCAGCCCUGUCUUUUUCCCCAGUUGCAGUUCCUCCUGCAGAUUCUCUGCCUUUCCCCCUUUCCACCUGUAUCUGAACAAUCUUUGGAGCCAUCCAAGGGGCUCUGGUCCCAGCCACCAUCUCUCCUGAGCAUCCUGACCAGGUCUUGCCCCCAUCUGCCUUCUGUGUUGGCUCAGGGACUGUCCUCAGUAUUCACAUCUGUAGCUUGGAAUCCAAAGAAGUGUUAACAAACCAUUAAUGGUGAUGAAAGCCCUGCCCUUAGCACUGUUCAUAGCCUGCCUAGAUGCUUUUUCUCUUCUCUCUAAGCAGGUUUUGAUUGCUAAUCCAAUUAUUGCACACAGAAAAUUGCCCAUUAAUUGGCAAGGAGGGAUGGAGUUUCAGUUUCAGCUCUUAUUAUCCUUAGUUGCUGCUGCCUACGUAAAUGUUACCAUGUGCCACUGAGCUGGACUGUAUCCUCAGUGCACUGUGCCCUUGAGCUGCCUGGAAUGUCUGAAUGUCCUAUUACACAUCACCAUAAAGCCAGGAUCUCUUUUUAUUCUUUUUUUUUUUU